AUGAACUCUCAACUGUACCACCCAUCAACACUGCUGCAAUAUGCUGCCAUUCUCGCAGCGAUUUACGUAUUCUUCAAUGGGCCGUUCUCAGGCUACUCACAAGGCCAAUCCUCACCCGAAGAGAGUUUUGAUAUACCACUAUCUCAGGAAAAGGCCGAUCAACUCGUCUAUCCGGACUCUGACCUGCAGUGUGAUGCUCAUACAUACGAUGCCCAUAUCUUCUCGAGAAGCCCUCUGGUGAUAUACAUUCCUGACUUUCUGUCAAAAGUAGAAUCAAAGCACAUGAUCAACAUCAGUGAGGAUAAGUGGCAGCCUUCCACAGUUUACAGCGACAAUGUCGAAUCCACGGAUACCAGUAUUCGGAAGUCGGAAAAGGCAAUGAUCGAACGUGACAGCACAGUUCAAUGCAUCGAACAGCGCGCUCUGGACUUUCAAGGCUGGCCUGUAGACACCUUCAUCGAGCGCUUGUGGACACAACGAUAUACAACAUCUGGCCACUACGCUCACCACUACGAUUGGGCUUUUGCUUCAAAGACAGCACACCGAGUCAGUACCUUCAUGGUGUACAUAGAAGCGAAUUGCACAGGUGGAGGCACCAACUUCCCAUUACUUGUCAGACCACAGGACAAGCGUUGGUGUGAGUUUAUAGACUGCGAGGAGUCCGAAGAGAAUGGUGUUACGUUCUUGCCGAAAGCGGGCGCUGCUGUUUUCUGGGAGAACUUCGAUGUUGAUGGGAAGGGAUGGAAGCAGGGUCUUCAUGCCGGUAUGCCUGUGCACAGUGGUGUCAAGAUCGGUCUGAACAUAUGGAGUUGGUAUCAAAAGGGCCAUCAAGCGGCUAUCGAGAAGCAGACAACUGGCAAAGAUGAACCCUGA